AAACUUUAGAUCCCCUUUGGCAAAUAUCGAAAUUACCGCUGCUCUUGUCGCAAGUGGCUUCAUUGCCACGUCUGUUUGGGCACAUGUUAGAAAUAAAAACGAAAAAGAUAAGGAAAAUUCUAUUGUGGUAAACUUAUCCAAGAAUUUACCCAAAACUUCAAGCAAUGCCAAAGGAUUAAAGUAUCUCUUGGAAUCUGAUAACGUGCAGGAUGUUACGACUUCUUCAUCACCAAAACACAUAGCCAAAAGGUACAAAACGGAAGAAAGGGAACCCGUUACAACCGACAUUUCUUUUAUAUCGGCUCGACACUUUGAUGCUCAAAUUACAACGAAAGUACGUGGAACUGUUCAAAAUAACCCACAAUCAAAUGAAAGUUCUUUAUCAAGAUUAUCAUCGCAGCUCGGAAUCAAAAGUCAUGACAAAGAAUGUAUUUCUCAAAAUGAUCAUAAACCGAAACGUUCAAGCAAAUCAAGUAGACAAUUGAUAGCGCAAGCCAACAUGGUUUCAUUUCCGGUAGAAACAGCCACAGACGUAUUAAUUGAAUUUCGAUGUUGUCACGAUCAUGUAUUGGCCUUUAUUGGACAAGAUUUGAUCGAAUUUGAAGACUAUGAUGAAGAGGAUGAUCUUCGUCAGUUAUUGACCUAA